CUAACUGUAAAACAGUGCAGAAAGAGUUGAGGUGACGUGGAUAUAGCUGGGACCAGCCACUUGUUAGGACAUGAGGUUUCUUGUUGGCACUAAUUCCUGAUGGUUUGGUCGAGAGAUUGUGGACAUCAGCCAAUCUAAAUGCUGUCUUUUAUCUCCAAAACCAAGCUAUUCCGCUACCUUCAUACACUGCCACCGCCACCCAAAACAGCCAGCAAGAAAAGAGCAGCAGAGCAGAACUGCUUAGCCCUCUUGGAACUCUGCAACAACUUCCCAAAACUGUCCCAAAUCCACACUCACAUUCUGAAAUUAGGCCUUCAAACGAACCCACUUGUCCUCACCAGGUUGGCCUCCACGUCUUCUGACCUCAAUGCCAUUGAUUAUGCUUCCUCCUUCAUUUUUGGCCUUGAUGCCAAAACCCAUCUCUAUGAUACCUUCCUUUUCAACACUGUCAUCAGGGCUUAUGCUCAAACAAAGGAUUCAAAGCAGAAUGCCCUGAUUUACUACAAAAUUAUGCUUAAAGAUUGCAUUUUUCCUAACAAAUUUACGUACCCGUUUGUUCUUAAGGCCUGUGCUGGCAUUGGAGAGUUGAGUUUAGGCCAAAGUGUUCAUGGGUCUGCGGUGAAAUAUGGUUUUAGUGAUGAUAUUCAUGUUUUGAACACCAUGGUUCAUAUGUAUUGUUCUUGUGGCGGAGGAAUUGAGUUCGGCCGGAAAGUGUUUGAUGAGAUGCCUAAAUGUGAUUCAGUGUCGUGGAGUGCGAUGAUUGGCGGGUAUGCCAAGUUGGGCAUGUCAAGUGAGGCAGUGGGGUUGUUUAGGAAAAUGCAGAUUGCUGGAGUGAGGCCUGAUGAGGUUACUAUGGUGUCAGUGUUGUCUGCUUGUACUGAUUUGGGUGCACUUGAGCUUGGGAAGUGGGUGUCUUCCUAUAUUGACAAGGAGAAGGUUCCGAAGAGUGUGGAGCUAUGCAAUGCGUUGAUUGACAUGUUUGUCAAGUGUGGCGAUGUUGACAAGGCUUUGAAGUUGUUUAGGAACAUGGCUGAGAAGGACAUUGUUUCGUGGACUUCUUUGAUUGUUGGUAUGGCAAUGCAUGGCCGUGGUUUGGAGGCCAUUUCAUUGUUUGAGGACAUGAGGAGUUCUGGAAUAGUGCCUGACGAUGUUGCUUUUAUAGGAUUGCUCAGUGCUUGUAGCCAUUCUGGUUUAGUUGAGAAAGGCAGGCAGUAUUUUGAUUUGAUGUUGAAGGAAUUCAGAAUUGUGCCCAAGAUAGAACAUUAUGGGUGCAUGGUUGAUCUGUUAAGCAGGGCCGGACUUGUUAAAGACGCAUUGGAGUUUGUUGAGAGUAUGCCCAUUGAGCCAAAUCCAAUCAUUUUGCGAGCACUAAUCACUGCCUGCCGUGCUCAUGGUGAGCUCAAACUCAGUGAAAGCAUGACUAGGAAGCUCAUAAAACAGGAGCCCAUGCUCGAGUCCAAUUAUGUCUUGCUGUCUAAUAUCUAUGCAAUAUCGUUAAACUGGGAGAAAAAAACAACAAUUAGGGAGGUUAUGGGGAAAAAGGGAAUUAGAAAAACUCCAGGUAGCACCAUGUUUGAGCUGGAUAAUGAGAUUUAUGAAUUUGUUGCCGGAGAUAAAACUCAUAAUGAAUACAAAGAAAUUUAUGAAAUGUUGGACGAAAUGGGGAAGGAGAUGAGAAGGGCUGGAUAUGUUGCUACCACUUCUGAAGUUCUACUUGAUAUUGACGAGGAAGACAAGGAAGAUGCUUUAAACAGGCACAGUGAGAAGUUGGCUAUUGCAUUUGCCCUUCUGAAGACACCUCCUGGAACUUCUAUUCGCAUUGUGAAAAACUUGCGUGUUUGUGAGGAUUGUCAUACUGCUACUAAGUUUAUCUCCAAGAUCUACAAUAGGGAAAUAGUGGUCAGAGACAGAAACCGUUUUCACCACUUCAUAGAUGGGUUAUGCUCAUGUAAAGACUUCUGGUGAAACAGUGGAGAGAAUUUUGCUUGCCCAUAUUUUGGCUGUUUACACUUUGUCCAGUGGUGGUACAUCACAAGCAAGCAGCUGGCAAAUGGCAGCACUACACGUACGUUAUAUCAAAUAGCACUAGAGACUGGUUGAGUAUUUCUGGUUUUGGCAGUCUUCAUUAGUUUGGGGACCCUAAUGGCAGUUUCGGUUCUGAAGUAAGUCAGACCUGGGCUUAUGGAAUUUGUUCUGUGUGCGCGCUUGUUGCCACUUAACAUUUCUGUUUGAAACUAAAUGGUACAAAUUUAAGAAGUGUUCAGAAAUUCCCAUAGUCCACAUUCUUCAAGUCAUCAUGGCAGCUACAAAGAGAAGAGGCCUUAAAUUCCUGCAAAUAGUGAGAGAAUGUAAGAAGACUCUCAAGAAUAUUCAAAAUCCCUCACUCAGAUAAAUUCCGAUAUUUAGUUUGCAUUCUAUAGAACUUUUGUGCUUAUUAGUCCGUCUACUAGACAUUAUUCCUAUGAAAGAAAGUUCCAUGAACUCCAUGUUAUUCUUCAAUGAUGAAAAGAAGCCAAAAAAAAAAAAAAAGAAAGGGGUCCACAUCCUUGAAUCCAAAUCCUUGGGAACUUUCAUCUUUGACAAAAGUGGAGGAAGUAAAAAUGAUGAUCAAAACUGCUACCUAUCUGGGGAAGAUGGUCAGAUGAUGGCCUUCUCAGUAGAAGCUAUCACAAUGGGAAGAUACAUGGGAAACUUGAAAUUCCUGCUGCCUCUUUUGCUAUCAAUUUUGUAAUAGCAAUAUUGAUUGGUCGGCACUUUAUGGCCCUCUGCUAGUUCCUUUUAUGGGAAAAAAGUAGGAAGGAAAACCAGGUAAUGCUUCUAAUCCUGAUACUCUCCAGGCUAUUCCAAAGCAAGGGCAAGACAGUUCAGAUAAUACAGUCUGUGACGAAAUCAUAUGGCUGUGCCGUCAGGGCGGGCAGUGCUGCUGUUUGGCAGUCCCGCUUUGAUCCUGACUUGUUAGUCAUCCGCGAGUACUCGAGACUCUUAUUACCAAUCAUCAUUAGCUUAAACGCAGAUGAUUCUUUGAUCCUUGUGACGAUUAAUCAUGUAAAAUGCAUCAUGCCUAGAUGAGCUAUUCAUUGUCAACCACUGAGUAAACUAGUACGAAAGACUGCUUGAUUUUCUCUAA